CCGGGGCGACUGUUCCCCGCGCAGGUGCGGUGAAGGGAGGAUGGCGGAGUUGGUACCUUUUGCGGUUCCCACUGAGAGUGACAAAACCUUGUUAGUGUGGGAGCUGAGCUCCGGACCCACGGCCGAGGCUUUGCAUCAUUCUCUGUUCACAGCAUUUUCCCAGUUUGGCCUUCUGUAUUCAGUCCGGGUCUUCCCAAAUGCUGCAGUGGCCCAUCCUGGUUUCUAUGCCGUCAUUAAGUUUUAUUCUGCAAGGGCUGCCCACAGAGCCCAAAAGGCAUGCGACCGGAAGCAGCUUUUUCAGAACUCUCCAGUCAAGGUUCGUCUUGGCACCAGACAUAAGGCAGUUCAACAUCAAGCCCUUGCCCUGAACAGUUCCCAGUGCCAAGAACUGGCAAAUUACUACUUUGGUUUCAAUGGGUGGUCCAAAAGGAUCAUCAAGCUUCAGGAGCUUUCUGACCUUGAAGAAAGGGAAAAUGAAGAUAGCAUGGUGCCACUUGCGAAGCAAAGCCUGAAGUUCUUCUGUGCUUUAGAGGUGGUGUUGCCAUCCUAUGAUUGCAGGAGUCCUGGCAUUGGCUUGGUGGAGGAGCCUAUGGAUAAGGUGGAGGAAGGACCGUUAUCAUUCCUUAUGAAAAGGAAGACAGCCCAGAAGCUUGCUAUUCAGAAGGCUUUGUCAGACGCAUUCCAGAAACUGUUGAUUGUUGUUCUAGAAAGUGGUAAAAUAGCUGUGGAGUACAGACCCAGUGAAGACAUCGUAGAUGUCAGAUGCGAAGAAGAACUACACGGUUUAAUUCAAGUCCGUUGCUCUCCGUGGAAGCAGUAUGGCCAAGAGGAGGAAGAGUAUCUCUCGGAUUUCAGCUUGGAGGAGGAAGAGUUCAGGCUGCCAGAACUUGACUAGCAUUUCUGAAUAUCCCCAGGCGAGGUCGCCUUGGGAAGCUUUGCCGUGACCCUACCCCACCCUGCCCCACCACUAUAGGCUGCUGGAGUGAGUCCUGGAACCACCUGGGUCAGCCGCCCAAAUCUUUCCUGGUGAAGGGGAGGGAAGGAGUGUUCUGGUGGAGCGGGAAGGGAGGCUUGGGUAGGAUUGUGGGAUAAGAUCGCUCUGGUGAUAAGCGGAUCUGGAACGGAACUUUAAUAAAGAUUUCCUAGAUAAA